UUUCUGUUAAAAAAACAAUGUCCUUAAAGUUCGCCAAUUUGUCUAAAGAUCCAUUUACGAUAAGUAAAUAGCUAAAUAUUAAUAUUUUUAUCGGACAAACGCUGACACGCUUGCGUGAAAGCCUUGUAAUGUAAUACAACCAUAAUAUGCUAGUCCUUUCACAACAUCAAAGUGUAACGUAGUUUAAAAAUCCCUAAAAUGUAGAGUUAGAACACCAAGAAGCAAAAAAGUGCCUUUAUAGAAGAAUUUACAAUGAGUAGAAGAAACAAAUGCAAGCCUCGUAUUAUACCCCAACAAGACAAGCGAAUAUGUGGAUUCAUAUGCUUCUGUCAACUAAUAGUUGUAUUUAGUUUCGUCUCGUUGAUUUAUCUCACAGUGGCGAUAUACAUCCCCUCGUAUAGGGCAUUCCAUAGCGGUUUUGAUGAAACACCAGUCAUGUGCCAAACCAUUAAUAUUAGUACAGAAAACAACUGCAGUUGGGCUUCUUGUGGAGAGUGGUGUUUGACCAAAACCUCUGGAUUUUGUCCUCAGAUCCAUGCCAUCACUCGUCAAAAUGGAACCAGGGUCCAAUUCCUAAACUGUACCAACUUCCAAUCAGCAACCUGCCCACCAGUCAACUCCAACCAGCUGAAAAAACACAAUUGCAAUAACGGAACAGAAUGCGCAUCUCUCAAAGGCCUCUUCAAUUGCUCCUUGGGGCAUUGUUCCAAUAUGUCCCAACUUUAUGACUGCCAUUACAAAGCCGAUGGAUUCACAGUUGAUAGUGAUAAGGAUAACGUUAAAUUGAACGGCUUCUUCGAAUGUCGAGGAACAAAAUGCACAAAAAUUAAAAAACCUUUCACCUGUGAUCGUAUUUGUAAAGAAAAUAUUACUUCUACCAAUGUAAAUGUUUAUAUUACUAUUGAGGAUGCUGUCAAGUUUGCCCAUUGUGAGUCUGCUGUAGCAACGACUAAAGCUGCAGGCAAAGAAGUUGGAACGGAAAUAGCACCUACUCAAUUCUGGUCCAAACUUCCCGAUGAGGUCAUUAUGGUUUCUUGUCACACUGUUGAAUACGAUGAACCUUUACAAAUUAUACACUCCUCAGACUGUAUCAACGGAACAAUCUACGACUUAGAAACGAUUCCAAAACCUUUUGUAACUUUUAAACAAUUUUGGAAUUUGACUGGAAAACAUAGAAACGUGGUAGAUGAGAAAAAUGAGUUUGUUCCCGAACAGUCUUCAUUGCUUAUAUACAAUGCUUCAAGACUCUAUAUCAAUCUGGAUGGCUGUGUCAACACAUUGAGGGGUGAAUGUUCUGAUUUUCUUAACACGCAUGGCAGAGAUGGUAGAAAUCAGACGGCGAUAUCUAGAUACUCAUGUUUUUAUAACAAGAACAACUCCUUCAUGGUAGUGGGUCGUUUUGAUCUGAAACGAACCUGGAGAGACCUGUUAAUAGCGAUAGGUAUACCGUCAGUGCUAUUUGUAAUUUCCUUCGUAACACUCUGCACCAUCAUGCAGUCAGUGAGGGUCGACGAUGACACAAAGAUGCGAUGCAAAUACUGCUUUAGCAACUACAACUCAGACAUGACUGAAAUGCUUCACAGCAAAUACGAACUAUCUUCUCCCGAAUCUGAUGUGCCUUUCAACAGUAGUCGAAACAAGCAAGAAGAACUGAGUUAACAAACGAGAAAGGACUCUAUUUUUUAUAUAUGUAAAACAAUAAUACGCUUAAACUGUACCAGGUGUAUACAUCACUGUUGCCUUUUUUAAAGUCAAAUGUAAUACUAUAUUUUCAAAAACUAUAAAAUUUGUAUAUGAUAUAUGAAAAUUCUAAAUGAGGAAACCAAAAGAACCAAUUUCGUCUAAAAUUGUUGCAGUGUUUUAUCUAUGCCUUGGGUGUAUAUAUUUAAAUAUGAAAUACUCACCAUAAUCGUAUGUUUAUAAACACAAAUAUAUAUAUAUAAAAUAUGUAUAGCUUUAAAAAACACUAAGCUAUGAAAUAAAGAUGUUAAAACUUU